AUGCUGGUCGUCGGCCUCUGGUACACCCACGAGGAGCAGAUCUCGCGCUCCAGCUGGUGGUACUCCUUCUCGGGCGGCUCCUUACCAGUCUCCCCGCUCAUCAACUACGGAAUGGGCCACAUCCGGGGCGGCUCCAUGCAGCCGUGGCAGUACUACCUUAUCAAUUUCUUCUCAUCGGCCUGGAUGCAAUGCAUCGGCCUGGGCACCUCGAAUGUGGCCGGACAUACCAAGAAGGCUGUCUAUGCGGCAGCCACCUUCAUUGCGUACUCCGUCGGCAACAUCAUCGGGCCGCUCAUCUUUGACGCAUCGUAUGCUCCCCGAUACGACAAGAGCUUCACUGGCGUCAUGAUCUGCUUCGUCAUAUGCUUCUUAUGUGCCGAGAUCCUCCGAUUCUUCUUGGCCAGGGAGAAUAAGAACCGAGAGGCGCGGUAUGGUCCGCCCAACGAUGUUCACAGCCUGGAGGAUCUCACCGACAAGGAGAACAAGCCAUUCAGGUAUCAUUUGUAA